GGGUAAUGUAGUCGGCCGGCGGCUGAUGUACAGCGAUGAAGGUUUUGCUGCUAUGUGUGAACUCCGACCGUCGGAACAGGAUAUUGCAGGAAGACUACUGCAAUUAACAUCCAAGAAGUAAAGAUUACAUAUUAACACAACAGUCUGACUAACAAUCAGCAUGACUUGGUCCUGUUGGACAAGCGUGUCAAGACUGUAUGUCAUGUCUUCUUGUCAUACCUGUGCACGAAGACUACAACAGUCUGGCUCACAAAGACUGUAUUCAGUAUUUAAUCGAUAUACUCCUCGGAAACCAAGUUAUCUGACUUUGCAACAGCCAAUGCAAGGCAUCAAGAACCAAAAUCCUUUUACUCGGAGCCAGGAGGAAGCAUGGAGGAAGAAGAAUAAAACUGUGCUCACAUAUAUAGCAGCAACAGCAAUUGGAAUGAUUGGCAUGUCGUAUGCAGCUGUACCCCUCUACAGACUUUAUUGUCAGGCUACAGGACUAGGAGGGACUGCAGUAGCUGGUCACGAUAUGGAUCAAGUAGAAACCAUGGAACCCGUGAAGGAUCGAAUCAUUAAAGUCACUUUCAAUGCAGAUGUCCACGCCAGUCUGCAAUGGAAUUUUAGACCUCAGCAAACUGAAAUCUAUGUUGUUCCUGGAGAAACAGCCUUGGCAUUCUAUAAAGCGAAAAAUCCUACUGACAAACCAGUCAUUGGUAUUUCUACUUACAAUGUUGUACCGUUCGAUGCAGGACAGUAUUUCAAUAAAAUACAGUGUUUCUGUUUUGAAGAGCAACGGUUGAAUCCCCAUGAAGAAGUGGAUAUGCCAGUUUUUUUUUAUAUUGACCCUGAAUUUGCAGAAGAUCCAGGAAUGGCACGAGUAGACACAAUCACACUCUCUUACACAUUCUUUGAGGCAAAAGAUGGUCAGAAUCUACCUCUACCUGGAUAUAAUUAACUAAAAAGGGCUUUGAAGACCAAGUUAAUUUAGAGUGUUAUGCUAAUUUACAGUAUAUCAGAUGGUUGCACCAGUAAUAUUCAGUGUUGUGAUUCCUAAAGAAGUGAUUCAGGCAAAACAAUGUAAUAACAAACAAUAAUUUCAUAGGCAUACAAGGCAAUUUGAAUAGAAAUCAAAAUGAAGAAUCAAAGAAUAAAGACUUUGGAAAGUGCAUAACCAAGCUUGUAAUUCAAAGGAAUUUCAAAAUGUUUUCCAAGAUUGCAACAAUCUAUCAUGCAAACAUCUUGGUAGGAAGUUGAGAGGUUGAAUGUUUCUCUCUCUCUCCAAAGGUCUUGCCAGACCUGCUGAUUUUCUCCAAUAUUUUCUGUUUUUAUUUCAGAUCUGCAGCAACUAUACUACUUUGCUUUCAUCUGGUUAGGACCUUUUGAUAUACCUUUGCAUUCAUGCAUUAACAGUUAUAAUUUCAAAUAGAAAAUAUUGAAAAUGUUCUGUUUUUCCCAAUUCAUCAAUGUAAUAAUAAAGAAGGUUUGUGGACUGGAUACCAUUAGUGCAUCUGAUAAAUGUACACCCUGACCAUGUACUUUCAAUGAGAUAUGAAUAAAUUGUUUUGACAUAGUAGACAUUAACUGAGAUCUGACUAUAAAGUUACCAAAGUUGGCAACUAUGUAGCUCAGGAUUCAUGACUUUUGCAAGACUUAGGCAAAAAGGAAAGGUGGAGGGUUACCCCUAAUAAUGUACGGAGGGGGGAAACUGCAGUGGAGAGAAAGGAUCUUGAAAAAUCAAAACCUAAAAUCAAUUUGGAUGUAAAAUUAAAACAAUAAAGGUCAAAAAACGAGUGUAAGUGGUAAUUAAAGU